CAUAUUCCACGCCCCCUUGAGGUCAGUCGUGUUAAUUUAGAUAUCCUUAUUUCUGUCUUUUGACAAGAAACCCGUUUAUUGUCCCUACUCUGCAGAUGUCCGCGACACAAAAGGUUCAGCAGCACCCUGCUUUCAUCCAGGCGCAGAAUAAGGCGAAUUUUUACAUCCAACAGCUCGACAAGGAACUCACGAAGUAUCCAGUGUUGAACACAUUUGAGCAGCGAACUCAGAUUCCAAAGACAUAUUUUGUCAGCUGCACUGUUCUUCUCCUCACUCUUUUCCACUUUGUCAACCCUCUCGCCGCGCCUGUCUCUAACCUCGUUGGAUGGGGCCUUCCGUCCUACCUCUCCUUCAAGGCGCUGGAGAGCCCCGGGCAUCAGGAUGACGUUCAGUGGCUCACGUAUUGGGUUGUCUUUGGUUUCUUCAACUUCCUCGAGAGCAUUGCACUCAGAAUGGUUCUCUACUACUUUCCGUGGUACUUUGCAUUCAAGACGGUGUUUAUUCUCUGGCUGCAGCUCCCGACUUUCCGUGGCGCACAAACGAUUUACGGCGUUGUGUUGAAGCCUGUCGUGUCAAACUUGGCCGGCUCGCGUGCUGUAGCACACACCGAUACGGUGACAGCUGAGGGUGUCCGUGACCGUAAUUCAGAGUGAUUUCGAACACGCCCCCUCGCUAUCCUCGGCUAUCGUUUCGGUCUGUGUAUGUAGUUCGGCUUGGAUGGUCAUAGACACUAUCAUACGCCCCCUUUCCAUUAUCCAUGCUUUUGCUCAAGCCUGAGGAGUAAUUCGUUUU